AUGGCUGCCGCUAACGCUCCGAUCAUCAUGAAGGAGAUCCUAACGCUCCCGAGCGUUGGGAUCAAUCAGCAACAUAUCACCUUUACGCAUGUUACAAUGGAGUCGGACAAGUACAUUUGUGUGAGAGAAACUUCGCCGCAGAACAGUGUUGUGAUUGUAGACAUGAGUAUGCCUACGCAGCCUUUGAGGAGGCCUAUCACUGCAGAUUCCGCACUAAUGAAUCCCAACACAAGGAUUCUUGCGUUGAAAGCUCAACUACAGGGCACCACUCAGGAUCAUCUACAGAUAUUCAACAUUGAGGCUAAAUCGAAAAUUAAAUCACAUCAGAUGCCUGAGCAGGUCGUGUUUUGGAAGUGGAUUUCCCCAACUAUGUUGGGUUUGGUCACACAAACCUCUGUAUAUCAUUGGUCAAUUGAGGGUGAUUCUCCACCUGUUAAGGUGUUUGAUAGGACAGCGAACUUGGCAAACAAUCAGAUUAUAAACUAUAAAUGUGAUCCCUCUGAAAAGUGGCUAGUCUUGAUUGGAAUUGCCCCUGGUUCACCUGAGAGACCACAACUGGUGAAAGGGAAUAUGCAGCUUUUUUCUGUUGAUCAGCAGCGUAGUCAAGCCCUUGAAGCUCAUGCUGCUUCAUUUGCUCAGUUUAAGGUCCCUGGAAAUGAAAAUCCAUCUACUCUUAUUUCAUUUGCAACGAAGAGUGUUAAUGCUGGGCAGAUAACCUCUAAGCUGCAUGUGAUUGAGCUUGGUGCCCAACCAGGAAAACCAUCUUUUAGCAAGAAGCAAGCAGACCUCUUUUUCCCUCCGGAUUUUCAAGAUGACUUUCCAGUUGCUAUGCAGGUAUCUCAAAAGUACGGUUUGAUUUACGUCAUCACCAAGCUUGGGCUACUAUUUGUGUACGAUUUGGAGACAGCUACUGCUGUGUACAGAAAUCGAAUAAGUCCAGAUCCCAUAUUUUUGACUUCUGAUGCCUCAGCAGUCGGGGGUUUUUAUGCAAUCAAUAGGAAGGGGCAAGUCCUUCUUGGAACCGUUAAUGAUGCAACUAUAAUACCUUUUGUUAGUGGCCAGCUGAACAAUUUAGAGCUUGCUGUCAGUCUUGCGAAAAGAGGGAACCUUCCUGGAGCAGAAAACUUGGUUGUCCAACGUUUCCAAGAGCUUUUUGCGCAAACAAAGUAUAAAGAGGCUGCUGAGCUUGCUGCAGACUCUCCUCAGGGAAUACUUCGAACACCUGAUACAGUUGCUAAAUUUCAGAGUGUUCCUGUUCAAGCGGGGCAAACACCUCCUCUGCUACAGUACUUCGGGACUCUCUUAACUAAAGGGAAGCUUAACGAGUAUGAGUCCUUGGAACUUUCUCGCCUUGUUGUGAACCAAAAUAAAAAGAAUCUUCUGGAAAAUUGGUUGGCAGAGGACAAAUUGGAAUGCAGUGAGACGCUAGGAGACCUUGUGAAGACUGUGGACAAUGAUCUUGCGCUGAAAAUAUACAUUAAAGCGAAGGUGACCCCCAAAGUUGUUGCUGCCUUUGCAGAAAGGAAAGAGUUUGACAAAAUUUUAAUCUACUCGAAGCAGGUUGGGUACACACCUGACUACCUCUUUCUCCUGCAAACCAUUCUUCGUACAGAUCCUCAGGGGGCUGUCAAUUUUGCUUUAAUGAUGUCCCAAAUGGAGGGAGGAUGCCCAGUUGAUUAUAAUACCAUCACAGACCUUUUUCUUCAGAGAAACUUGAUCAGAGAAGCCACAGCAUUUUUAUUGGAUGUGCUGAAGCCAAAUUUACCUGAGCACGGAUUUCUUCAGACAAAGGUGCUUGAGAUCAAUUUGGUUACGUUUCCCAAUGUGGCUGAGGCAAUUCUUGCCAACGGGAUGUUCACUCACUAUGAUCGUCCACGUAUUGCUCAACUCUGUGAAAAAGCUGGCCUGUUCAUUCAGUCUCUUAAGCAUUACUCGGAGUUGCCAGACAUCAAGCGCGUUAUUGUUAAUACCCAUGCAAUUGAACCACAGGCUCUUGUGGACUUUUUUGGUACCCUAUCUCGUGAAUGGGCUCUGGAGUGUAUGAGGGACCUUUUGCUGGUCAAUCUUAGAGGAAAUCUGCAGAUAAUAGUGCAGACUUGCAAAGAAUAUUGUGAGCAGUUGGGAGUGGAUUCAUGUAUCAAAAUUUUUGAGCAAUUUAAGUCAUAUGAGGGGCUCUACUUUUUCUUGGGUUCCUAUAUCAGUAUGAGUGAGGAUCCUGAGAUUCACUUUAAGUAUAUUGAGGCUGCUGCAAAAACUGGCCAAAUAAACGAAGUGGAGCGGGUGACAAGAGAAUCCAAUUUCUAUGACGCUGAAAAAACCAAGAACUUUCUGAUGGAAGCUAAACUUCCUGACGCUCGUCCGCUGAUCAAUGUUUGUGAUCGUUUUGGUUUUGUCCCGGACCUCACUCAUUACCUCUACACGAGCAACAUGCUUCGUUAUAUUGAAGGCUAUGUACAGAAGGUGAAUCCUGGCAAUGCCCCCUUGGUCGUGGGGCAAUUGCUGGAUGAUGAAUGCCCAGAGGAUUUCAUCAAAGGUCUUAUCCGUUCUGUUCGUACUUUACUUCCAGUUGAACCGCUUGUCGAGGAGUGUGAGAAGAGAAACCGACUUCGACUCCUCACUCAGUUCCUUGAGGAACGGGUUAGCGAAGGAAGUCAAGAUGUGCAUGUCCACAAUGCCCUGGGUAAAAUUAUUAUUGACAGCAACAAUAACCCAGAGCACUUCCUGACUACCAACCCUUACUAUGACUCUCGAGUUGUUGGAAAGUACUGUGAGAAGCGGGAUCCCACCCUUGCAGUUGUGGCGUACCAAAGAGGACAGUGUGAUGAUGAGCUCAUCAAUGUUACAAACAAGAACUCAUUGUUUAAAUUGCAGGCUAGGUAUGUUGUUGAAAGGAUGGAUGAAACUCUCUGGGAUAAGGUUCUUAUUCCUGAAAAUGAAUAUCGAAGACAGCUUAUUGAUCAGGUUGUAUCAACUGCUUUACCAGAAAGCAAGAGCCCAGAACAAGUGUCAGCUGCUGUGAAAGCUUUCAUGACCGCGGAUCUACCCCAUGAACUCAUUGAGCUUCUCGAAAAGAUUGUGCUUCAGAACUCAGCUUUCAGUGGAAACUCCAACCUUCAAAAUCUGCUUAUUUUGACAGCUAUCAAGGCGGAUCCAUCGAGAGUCAUGGACUAUGUUAACAGAUUGGAUAACUUUGAUGGACCUGCUGUUGGGGAAGUGGCUGUGGAAGCCCAAUUGUAUGAGGAAGGAUUCUCUAUUUUCAAGAAAUUCAAUUUGAAUGUCCAGGCUGUUAAUGUGUUACUGGACAACAUUAGAAGUAUCGAGCGAGCUGUUGAGUUUGCAUUCCGUGUUGAAGAUGAUACAGUUUGGAGUCAGGUUGCUAAGGCUCAACUUAGGGAGGGACUUGUUAGUGAUGCAAUAGAGUCAUUUAUCCGUGCUGAUGAUGCCACUCAGUUCCUUGAUGUUAUCCGCGCCGCUGAGGAUGGGGAUGUCUACCAUGACUUAGUUAAAUAUCUUCUGAUGGUUAGGCAGAAAGUGAAGGAGCCCAAGGUUGACAAUGAACUGAUAUACGCCUAUGCAAAGAUUGACAGGUUGAGUGACAUUGAAGAGUUUAUUCUGAUGCCGAAUGUUGCAAAUCUUCAAACUGCCGGCGAUCGUUUAUAUGAUGAAGCCAUGUAUGAGGCUGCCAAGAUAAUCUACGCAUUUAUAUCUAACUGGGCCAAGUUAGCAGUCACACUUGUGAAGUUGAAACAGUUCCAAGGUGCUGUCGAUGCAGCACGGAAAGCUAACAGUGCAAAGACAUGGAAAGAAGUUUGCUUUGUUUGCGUUGAUGCUGAAGAGUUCCGCCUGGCACAGAUAUGCGGGCUUAACAUCAUUAUACAGGUUGAUGAUUUGGAAGAGGUCAGCGAGUAUUACCAGAACCGUGGCUGCUUCAAUGAACUAAUAUCUCUAAUGGAGAGUGGUUUAGGACUGGAACGUGCACACAUGGGGAUCUUUACUGAGUUAGGAGUUCUAUAUGCUAGAUACCGUCCAGAGAAACUGAUGGAGCAUAUUAAGCUCUUUUCAACAAGACUUAACAUUCCCAAGCUUAUCCGAGCUUGCGACGAGCAACAACACUGGAAGGAACUUGUUUAUCUGUACAUCCAGUAUGAUGAAUUUGAUAAUGCUUCGACCACUGUGAUGAACCACUCCCCAGAAGCUUGGGAUCAUAUGCAGUUCAAAGAUAUUGUCGCCAAAGUUGCUAAUGUGGAGUUAUAUUAUAAAGCAGUGCAUUUCUACUUGGAAGAACACCCAGACAUCAUUAACGAUCUUCUCAAUGUCCUUGCACUAAGGUUGGAUCAUGCCCGUGUUGUUGACAUCAUGCGCAAGGCUGGACAGCUGCUUCUUAUCAAGCCCUACAUGGUCGCUGUUCAGAGCAACAAUGUAUCCGCCGUAAAUGAAGCGUUGAACCAGAUUUAUGUAGAAGAGGAAGAUUACGAAAGGCUGCGUGAAUCCACUGAUUUGCAUGAUAGCUUUGACCAAAUAGGUCUUGCUCAGAAGAUUGAGAAACAUGAACUUCUCGAGAUGAGACGUGUAUCGGCUUACAUAUACAAAAAGGCUGGAAGGUGGAAGCAAUCCAUUGCAUUGUCGAAAAAAGAUAAGCUGUACAAGGACUGCAUGGAAACAGCUUCACAGUCCGGAGACCGUGAACUAGCAGAGGAGUUGCUUGUUUAUUUCGUCGAACAGGGAAAGAAGGAAUGCUUUGCAACAUGCCUGUUUGUCUGCUACGACUUGAUCCGACCAGAUGUUGCGCUUGAGCUAGCUUGGAUCAAUAAUAUGAUUGACUUUGCCGUCCCGUACCUCUUGCAGUUUAUGCGAGAAUACACAGGAAAAGUCGAUGAACUCAUAAAGGACAAGAUCGAAGCUCAGAAAGAAGUCAAGGCUAAAGAGCAAGAUGAUAAAGAGGUUAUGUCGCAACAGAACAUGUAUGCUCAGUUACUGCCACUGGCUUUGCCUGCACCGCCAAUGCCAGGAAUGAGCGGAGGCUACUCUGCACCACCACCAGGAAUGGCCGGACUCUACUCUGAGCCACCACCAGGAAUGGCCGGAAUGCCUCCGAUGCCACCAUAUGGCAUGCCACCAAUGGGAGGAGGCUACUGA